AUGACAUGCUCAAAAAUAUUUUCAGGAGAUUUACCUGAAUUAACAGAAGUAAUUAUACAGUAUUUUAGAAAAGAUAUUUCAACAUUGUAUUCAUGCAUUUUAAUAAAUAGAUUAUGGUGUCGUUUAGCCAUUCCAUUAUUAUGGGAAGAUCCAUUUCCAAAGAAAGAUCCAUUUUCAAGGGAAUAUCUCGAAAAUCAACACUUUAUUGAAAUUUACUUAAGUAAAUUAAAUGAAGAUGUUAAAACAAAAUUAUAUGAAUAUGGAGUUAAUAAUAAUUUAAUAUCUUCAAAUACAUUAUUAUUCAAUUAUCCUAGCUUUAUUAAAUACUUAAAUAUAGAUGAAAUUUUUAGUUCUAUUCGAACGUGGGUUGAUACUGUAGUGGGUAAAAACCAAUGGAACCUAUUAAACUUAAUUUAUAGGUCAUUACUCGAAAUGUUUAUUGAAAAUGAAGGAAAUUUAUAUUCUUUGGAAGUUGACCUGUCUACGAGUUAUAGUUACUAUUUUGAUAAUAAUAUAGACUUGAUUUUACAAAAUCCAAACCUUACAUAUAAUAUUAGAAAUUUAACAUUCCGUAUUCAUGGUUAUAAUCCUCAAAAUAUUAUUAAAUUAUUAAAAUUUUUAUAUUCUAAUUGUAAUUCAAUCUUAUCGAUGGGUUUAAAUUUUCCUUUAUAUGAUAUCAUUCGUGAUCGUACUACUUUAUAUAAUCCAUUUUUAUCAUUAAAAAAUUCUAAUUGUUCAAAUACUUUGAAUAUAAUUAUAUUUUAUUACAUUGAUUUUAAGGAUAUAAUUAGUAUUUUACAAGAGGUUUUUGAUCAAUUGAAUGUCUUAGAAUCUAUUCAUAUUUUAUAUUGUCUUUCUUUAAAUUCUGAUUUUGUUCAACAAAUUAUUAAGGUUAAUAAACCAUUUAAAUUGAGAUCUUUAUUUAUGAUUGAAAUAUUACAUGUUGAAUCAUUACAAUUACUAUUAGAGAAAUUUGGUGAUUAUUUAGAAAAUUUUGGAUUUGAAUAUAUGAGUAACGAAUAUAAUGAACCAAAACGACAAUUAUUUAAAUCAAUUAUGGAAUAUUGUACAAAGAUUAGAUAUUUUGAUUCUGGUAAACCUUAUGAUAAUAAUAUUUACUUAUUCAUUAAAAACAAUCAUCAUAAUAUUAAUUAUCUUACUAUUGGAUUGGAUUUUAUUCACUCUAAUUAUACUGAUUUAAGUUCUAUAUUACAAAAUUUAGGACAAGUUCUUCCUCCUAAAUUAGAAUAUUUAAAUUUAUAUCUUUCAUUUAAUAAUACAAGUGAUCUGGAAAUAUUUUUAAAAAAUUCACAAAAUACUUUUAUUAAGAAAUUAUUAAUUAGAAAUAUAGUGGUGAAUGAAGAUGAAAAUAUUAAUAAUAUUAAUAUUUUAUUUUAUAUAAAAAAAUAUAUUAUGAAGAAGGAAAGGGUUAAAUAUUUGGCUAUUAAUUCUGAUAAUGAUGAUUAUGAAUUAUUUUCUUUAAAAGACGAAGUAAAUGAAUUUAAAUUAUAUAAUAUUAUAGUUAAAAAAUUCUCUGAUUUAAAUUUUAGUUCAUAUAGUUUUAUAAAUAAUUUUAAUGAAUAA